CUGAGCCUUUUUUACUUGGCCAAUUAUGGGGGAAAGAGAGCCAUCUGUAUAUGCUUAAUCAACAGCAUUGGAGGCAAGAAUCUGCCUUGAAUGCACUCCAAAUCUAUCAGUGGCAAUCAGUUUACAUUGAGUUCCUUACAUGGAAACCUAAAUGGGUGCAUCGAGGCACAUUGCCGGACUAACACCGACACCGAUAGUGAGAGUGAGAGGGAGUAUGCAGGGCAUCGAUGGAGCAAGGAUGGAAGUCCAAUGUUGAUCAUCAGAUAUCACCAAAUUGCCCUCGUUGUGGCUCUUCAGACACUAAAUUUUGCUACUACAACAACUACAGCCUUACUCAACCAAGGUACUUCUGCAAGGACUGUAGGAGGUAUUGGACUAAAGGAGGCUCUAUACGGAACGUCCCAGUCGGUGGUGGUUGCCGGAAAAACAGAAGAGGAAAGUCUGCUGCCUUAAGACUAUCUACUACCGAUCAUGGAUUACACUCCACAAGUUAUAACAAUUCCAUGGUUGAAUGUUCUUCCAACAGCUCUAUUAAUUCUACAUUGCCUGAUGGAUCCCACAUCGAUCUUGCUCUUGUUUACGCAAACUUCUUGAAUCAACCACCACCGGAACCCAAGAGUACGGUUGAAAUGGCAGCUUUGCCAAGUGAGUUUGACUCUACAAUUCAAAUUCCAGACAGUAAUAUUGGUCUUGUUGGGAACCCUACAUUGUCCAUGGAUACUCCUCUGGAUCAGCAGAACAGAAUUCAAGAGUUUAUUUCAAGUAAUGAAAGCGUGAGAAUGGAUGGACUGCCACCAUUACCAGGUGAAGAGGCUGUUGGGUGUCAAGAGAUGUUCUGGACAGAUUCUCAAACAGCACUGUCAAGCCAUACGGCCUUAACAGGCACCAUACAGGAGCCAAUGCUUGGAGCAGAAACACAAGACCCAUAUCUAUUGUUUGAUAAUUGGAGCUCAUUUGACUUACCUAGUAAUCAUACUUUUUCCGGGCCAUGAGAAAUUUGGCGUUUGGCCAGUGAGAAAUUUCUAUGCUUGCGGACUUGACGACAUGAGUUUAGACCCAUAUCGAUAAACUUGUGUGGUAUCAUUAUCGGUUAAAAAAAAUCAAGUACUAAUAUAACAAGUUCCCAUACACUAUAUGGUAAAAGUAAUUUUGGAUAUUUAAUCAUAUUAGAUCUCUGUCUUUGAC